GUGGAAUGAACUGCAGUAGAAUAGGCUUUAUGUUAGCUAGCUUGUAUAUUUUAUGUCUGGAUUUGAUCGGAUAGCAAGUGUGAACCACAUGAUGAUUGAUAAUGGAAGAUCGAAUGUGGUUGUCGACAUUAUUUUUUGCCAAAUGAGCUUGGCUGGAGAUGAUCAUGGGACGAUACACUGAUUGUGCUCAAGAGCUUUUGUACAGUAAAGGCAGAGGAUGAGCAUGGAGAAGAGCUGUCAGAAGAUGAAGAGGCUGAAGAGGAGGAUGGACCGAUCGAUGAAGAAGCCCAACUUAAGGCAAGCAUAGGACUGCCUGUGGAGUUCAUAAGUUCCUCUGCACAGAAAAGAGCUGUACGUAGUAGCAAGUAAACAUUGCCUAUGUCUGUCCGUCACCAUAGAGUCCACCUAAAAGAAAGAAAAAAGAUCAUGUUGCUCCGAUGCUCUCUCUCUUGAAGGGGAGAAAGUUGAUGAGGAAGAAUGCCAUCCACUGGGAAGCAGCUCCUGAGAAUUUGGAUAAAGAAGAUCCACCUUCACUCCAGGUGGAGAAGAAUGAUUUCACUGUUGAAAGCACCAAGGUUGCAUUUGAUUUGAUCUCAGUGAGGGGCCAGGAGGAAAAGCAGAACCUCCACCCUCCCAGGCAAAAGUAGUGCACUAUAUAGGGAAUAGGGUGCUAUUUGGGACACAUCCUGUGAGAACAAAGACAGAAGACAAAAACCCAUAUGUACCACUUUGGAAUCGAUAGCCACUUGUGCAAAGCCCUUUCUCUUCCCCCAGAGCAGUGGAUAGGUCUCGUCACUGAGGAGGGUUUCCCUCACGCCUCCAGGUGAGAUGCCCAGGAGGUGACCACUUUUUAGGGCCUUCACACACUCCUUCUGGGGCCCGUGGAUGAGAUAGACAUAGACACAUUUAUAUAAGCAUUGGCAAUAGUCAUUGACUAGUCAAGCAGCGCCGAUGGAGAGCCGACUCCCUGUCGUGACCCAGGGGAGUCAGAGUUUGGAGGAAGGCUGAAGUGAAGUCAGACGGGCACUAGUGAAGUGAUCGAUCUGAUUGGGCAGACUUUUGUCAGUGGUAGCUGACCAGUGUGAUUAGGGCCAACAGCAAGCAGACCAUGUCAGUGGAAAUGAUGAUAAACCUUGUGAUGGUGGUAAUCGCAAAAGAGCUUCCUCCUCAAACACCAAGCCCACUGAGUCAAGAGAGAACAGUGGCGCGCACCACUGCCUGACUCAACGUCUCCCUCUCCUCUGGGAUUUUCCAUCCUGUCCGUGACUGAUCCCAUACAACACGACACUGCCCUCAUUUAUAUGGCAUAGUAUAUCUGUUUUAUCCGGCUUUGUAGCAAUGUUUUAUACCACAUGCCGACUUCCUUUUCCCUGUUUUAUCCUUUUGAUCAGAAAACAUGAAUGUAGAAUGUAAUGUUGAAGGGAUAAAUGAAUGUACACGUUUCUUCCCUCCAGACACAGGAUGGGUGUUCCCGGAAAAAUAACAAUGGAUCAAGUGAGAGAAGAGCAUCUAAUAGUGAAGGUGAUGAAACGCCACAUAGAAGAAUUGCAAAAGUAAAGUGGAGGUUUGAGAGUGUGCUGAAGUUUAAGCCCCAGUCACCACCAGGGUGGGAAGGCUGGGAGGAAUAGGAAGCUACAUGGCGAUAGGAGAGCAUCCUGCCACAUCAACAAGCACACUUUCUUUACUGAAGAGGGAGAUGCCACAGAGCCCAAGCUGAGCAAGACCUUUCAAAAAAUCACAUGUCCUGAUCUGUCUUCAGGUUCAGAGGUUCCUCCAGAAAGUUCAGAGAGGAAUACCCCUCUGGAGUUGGAUAGUACUGAGCAACCCUCUCAUCAGAACCUCUUCACCAGAAUAGAAGAUGAAGAGGAUGAUGAGAUUCAAUUCAGAAGAGAGGUGUACUCACUGGACAUACCAGACUACUUAGUUCCCGGAGCACCUGAACACAAUAACACAGAGGCUACCGGGAAGAAAAAGAAGAACAAUAAUACCAAGAAAACAGAGAAAUGUGGAGUGAUGCCAGCUGAGAUUGCAGUGGAGCCUGAGCUGGCUAAGUACUGGGCCCAGCGCUACCGGCUCUUCUCCUGGUUCGAUGAGGGCAUCAAAUUGGAACAAAGGCCUGGUUCUCCGUCACCCCAGAGAAGAUAGCCGACCACAGUUUCCACUCAUAGACACCUUCUGUGGAGUGGGAGGCAAUGCCAUCCAGUUUGCCCUCACUGUGAAGAGAGUGCUAGCCAUUGACAUCGACCCAGUGCGUCUGGCCCUGGCCCAGCACAACGCCCAGGUCUAUGAGGUGGCCGAGCACAUCGACGUUGUGCAGGGAGACUUCCUAAAGCUGGCACCACGUCUUAGUGGGGAUGUGGUGUUCAGACUACCUCAGCGCAGACGUCUUCGAUAUCAAGAGCAUGAUGGCUCCAGAUGGUUUUGACAUUUUCAGGUUGUCCAAAAUGAUAUCCGAUAAUAUUGUGUACUUCCUGCCACUUAAUGCAGACAUGUAUCAGUUUUGACCCGUGCGUGUUUCUCGGACUCUGUACCUGCCUGCCCAACCAUUCAGCCUGCCUUGACUUCGAGCCCGCCUGCCACACUGUACCUACUGGACGCUGAACUGGUUGUGACCUUUUGCCUGUCCACGACCAUUCUCUUGCCGAGCCCUUUUUGGAUCAAUAAACAUCUAAGAGUCCAA